ACUAUAGCGUCGUUCAGAUUUUAAAAGUCGGGAAAAAAGUUUCUGAUAACCUUUCUUCUUCCUUAAAAACAAAAAUACUGUAAAAAUGAGUAAAGCACAUCCUCCAGAACUUAAAAAGUAUAUGGACAAGAGAUUAUCGUUAAAAUUAAAUGGCGGUAGACAUGUUAUUGGAAUUUUACGUGGUUUUGAUCCAUUUAUGAAUAUGGUUAUAGACGAAAGUAUUGAAGAGUGUAAAGAUGGUACUAAAAACAAUAUUGGAAUGGUGGUAAUUCGCGGGAACAGCGUGAUAAUGUUAGAAGCUUUAGACAGGAUAUGAAUUGAACUAUUUUAAAUAAAUGAUUUUGAUAUUAAA